AUGCUACCAGACUCACUUGCACAGGACUUUUCACAGCUAUUUUCAACAGAGCUGGGUUUGGCUAACGGAUUUACCCACAAGGUGAAAGUUCGUCAAGAUGUCCCACCCGUAAUUGCUAAACUACGUCGACUGCCAUUGGCAGUUCGCGACGCUGUUACGGAAGAGCUGCGUCGCCUUGAAAAGGAAGACAUAAUAGAACGGGUUGAGGCGUCAGAAUGGGUUUCCCCCAUUGUAGUAAUUCCAAAAAAGGAUGGAAAGAUUCGCCUUUGUGUGGACCUUCGUGAGGUGAACAAAGCCAUCAUACCAGACCUGUUCCCUCUUCCACAUACAGAAGAGCUGCUGAAUGCGCUAGCAGGAGCUCAGUACUUCUCUCGAAUCGAUUUAAGGUCAGCGUACCAUCAAGUCCUUCUGCAUCCUGAAAGUAGGAGCUUGACCACAUUUAUUACCCAUGAUGGACUCUACAGAUUCAAACGGGUCUGCUUCGGACUUUCAUCUGCGCCCGCCAUGUUUCAAAGAAUGAUGUCUUUGAUACUCAAGGAUUGCUCCGGAGUAUUAUGUUACAUCGACGACAUCAUUGUGUUUGGGAGACACAAAGCUGAACAUCAAGAAAAUCUUCGAAGAGUGCUCACCGUCAUUCGCUCAACCGGAUUGAAGCUCAAUGCAAAAUGUGUGUUCGAGACACAGGAGCUGGAAUUCCUAGGGCACCACGUAAGCACUCAUGGAUUACGUCCGCUUCGUUCUCAAGUGGAAGCAAUUACACAUGCACCAGCACCAAAGGAUGUUGCUACCCUACGUUCGUUUUUGGGACUUGUGGGUUUUUACUCAAAGUUCGUCCCAAACUUUGCCACGCUCGUGGAGCCUAUGCGUGCCCUACUACGAAAAAAUCAACCCUUCCUGUGGACAGACAUUGUCAAUGACAGUUUCAAUGCUGUGAAGUCACUCUUCAGAGAAGACCGUGUCGCCCACCCGUUCGACCCUACACUACCAGUAAUCGUCACGACAGACGCUUCUUCGUACGGAUUAGGAGCUGUUCUGCAACAAAUGCAAGGCAAUAUGUAUCGGACAGUUGCUUUUGCUUCACGUACCCUUUCUUCGCAAGAGCGCAAGUAUGCUGUAGCGGAAAGAGAAGCGCUGGCAUGCCUAUGGGCGUGCGAGCACUGGCACGUCUACCUUUGGGGUCGUCCUUUUCUUAUUCGCACACAUCACCAAGCCUUGGUGACAUUGCUAUCGGCACGCGGCACAGGGAGACGUCCACUGCGACUUAGUAGAUGGACAGAGCGCCUCCUUCGUUACAAUUUCACAGUCGAGUACUGCCGGGGUACCGACAACAAAAUAGCAGAUGCGCUGUCGCGAUUGCCUCUGUCACACGAUGCCCAGACUGAAGAGCUUAAUCAGGAAUACGACUUUGUUGGCCAAAUCGAAACGUCUGUAGCGAAGACAGACCUUCAAUUAGCAUCACGGAAUGAUCCGAUCUUGAAACAAGUCAUGGAGUUCGUGAUUGAAGGAUGGCCGUUAAAGCAAGACUUGAUUCCGAGUCAUCAGCCAUUUUUUCGAGUACAAGAGGAACUCACGGUAUUCGAAGACCUCCUAAUACGUGGAGAUCGCAUAGUGGUACCACCAGCGUUCACGGGACAUCUCAUACAGCUAGCCCAUGAAUCGCACCCAGGCAUCGUGUGCACCAAGCAGCGUUUAAGGGAGAAAUACUGGUGGCCACAGAUGGAUAAACAAGUUGAGAAUGCUGUCAAGUCGUGUCAUAUUUGUCAAGACGCCGAUAAAAGUGCGAAGACGGCUGACACGCCACUGCAACCCAUUCCGUUUCCGAGCAGGCCAUGGGAGAAGGUAGCUGUGGACAUAAUGGGCCCUUUUGAAAAAGCUCCUCCUGACUGCAAUUACGCCGUCGUGAUGGUGGACUAUUUUUCUAAAUGGCCAGAGGCCAAGUUCUGCGCGAAUGUGACAGCAUCAACAAUUUUGGACUUCCUGAGAUCAGUGUUUGCACGUGAAGGCUAUCCGGACAACCUGGUGUCCGAUCACGGACCCCAGUUCAUUUCACAUCAGUUUGAACAGUUCCUCAGGGAUAGAGGCAUUCAACAUUCAUUUUCAUCUCUGUAUUAUCCACGUGCAAACGGGCUUGUUGAAAGGUUUAAUAGAGUUCUGAAAAACUAUGUUCAAGCCACGUUCUUGGAAGGAAGACCACUGCGACAAACCGUCACCGAGUACCUGGGACUGUACAGAUGUACCCCGCAUGCAACUACCGGAAAAUCACCUGCUGAACUUUUACAUGUCAGGAAACCACGAACACGACUGGACAUCGUUGGGAUACCGUCAUCUUUACUUGAGGAUGAUACUGCUGCAGCAAUGACCAAUCUACGUGAACGCGUGCGCAGGCAUCAGCAACAGAGCAAGACCUACACGGACCAGAAACAUAGGGCCAAAGCGCCAAAAUGUAAAGUAGGAGAUUACGUUCGGGUACGCAAACCAGGAUUCACUCCAAAAGGAAUGCCGUCAUUCUCCAAGCCACUCGAAAUCAUCCAACAAAAAGGGAGGUACUCGUUCCUACUAGCCGACGGCAACACAUGGAACGCAUCAAAGUUCGCACCAGCGGCUAUUCAACCAGCAAGCAGCAACCCCACACCUUCCACGGAAUCCUUCAGGCUGGAUUAUCCCACCUACAUUACUACGGGUAUGGAUGCCUCCGAUGUCCCUGUAUCCCAGUCACAACACGAGACCAAUCAAGAAGCGGCACCACAAGUUUACCCCCCUGCUACUGGCAUCGGUGCGCCAACUGAUGUGCCAGGGGCAGGAUCACGUUUGCCUUCGAACGAAGGUGCGGGACAGCAGACACGUCUGCUGCCUCCGAGACAUAGACGUCCUCCCAAAAUAUACGGGGACCCCGUCGGUCAUUAA